UUAUAAUUAUUAAUAAUACUAUCAUUAAAAUUAUCCAAAUAAUGAUAUCGGAUGUUGAACGAGAAAAAAAAACUAAGUAAAUAAAAGAUAAUAAAAACGAGUUGUAAAUUGAAUUUAAAGAAUAAUUAAUAAAAUCAAAUAAAUAAUACGAAAAACAGAUAAAGAAAUUUUAACCGUUGUACACGAAGAAACGGGAAAAAAAACGAUGAACGGAAUAAGUCGCUGAAAUAAAUUGCCCACUAAAUACACACGAAAAAACGAGAGAGGACAAAAAUUGAAGAUUUUUGGAAUUAUACAUCUUACACAUACACAUAGCUAGCUGCAAGAUGAGAUGCUGCGUUUUCGUCAUGGCUGCCGUCGCCCUGGCUGCAACGGGGCUGGUAAGUGGCGGUUAUCACGAGAAGCAGCUGCUAAACGACCUCCUGGAUUCUUACAACGUGCUGGAGCGACCUGUCGGCAACGAGUCCGAACCACUUGGGUUGAGCUUCGGUCUUACCCUUAUGCAAAUUAUCGACGUUGAUGAGAAAAAUCAGCUACUGAUCACCAAUCUCUGGCUAAAAUUGGAAUGGAAUGACGUGAACAUGAGGUGGAACGUUUCAAAAUACGGAGGUGUUCGAGAUUUGAGAAUUCCUCCCCACCGUCUUUGGAAACCGGAUGUCCUCAUGUACAACAGUGCGGACGAAGGUUUUGACGGCACUUAUCCGACGAACGUAGUCGUCAAGAGUAACGGGACUUGUCUCUACGUACCACCCGGUAUAUUCAAGAGCACAUGCAAGAUCGACAUCACAUGGUUCCCGUUCGACGAUCAACGAUGUGAAAUGAAAUUUGGAUCUUGGACGUACGACGGUUUUCAGCUAGACUUACAAAUCCAGGACGAAGCUGGGGGUGACAUAAGCAGCUUCAUCACCAACGGGGAGUGGGAUCUUCUCGGUGUACCCGGCAAGAGAAAUGAAAUUUAUUACAACUGCUGCCCCGAACCGUACAUCGAUAUAACCUUCGUCGUUAUAAUAAGGAGACGUACCCUGUACUAUUUCUUCAAUCUUAUCGUGCCCUGCGUUCUGAUCGCCAGCAUGGCCGUUCUCGGCUUCACCCUGCCUCCCGACUCUGGAGAGAAACUCUCACUGGGUAGGAUAUUGUGUUACGGGUAUAGUUUGGUCGAGUUUGGCAUAGAAAUUGAAGCACAUCGGGUGUACGGUGACAAGGUACAUUCAUCGACCUUUAAACGCCCUUAUCUGUCUCCAUUUACAGGGGUUACCAUUCUGCUGUCUCUUACCGUCUUCCUAAAUAUGGUGGCGGAAACUAUGCCCGCUACUUCUGACGCCGUACCACUGCUUGGUACUUAUUUCAACUGCAUAAUGUUCAUGGUAGCGAGUAGCGUCGUAAGCACAAUUCUGAUAUUGAAUUAUCACCAUCGUAAUUCCGACACACACGAAAUGUCCGAAUGGGUGAGGGUGGUCUUCCUCGACUGGCUACCCUGCGUAUUGAGGAUGUCUCGCCCGGUGGAGAAGGAUGAGAAGGAUACCCAAAAAUCGCAAAAACCCUCACCGGUCAUGGGGGGCUCUAGUAAAGCUUACGGUGACCUCGAACUGCAUCAGCGCAGCAGUAAAUCGCUGCUGGCCAACGUCCUCGACCUCGAGGACAACGCCUUGGCGUCUCACAACAAUCUCUUGAACAACGUGUACAGCACCCCGGGUCCACAUCAUCCCGGGCACCCGGGGCACAUGGGAACCCUCGGUUCCAUGGGUUCCAUAGGAUCCAUGGGGCACGGUCACAGUCAUGGUCACGUUCACACGACGCCACAUCAUCAUCAUCACCACGCUCACGCACCGCCGCCCACGUCGACGCCUCAUCAUCAGCACGCGGCACCCUACACGAGUGCCGCUGCGGCCCACCAUCAUCAGCAUCCCCAGGACCCGGGGCCACCGCAGGUCGAAACGAUACUGCAGAGCGCCUGCUUUUGCGCGAGAUACGAACUAAUACUUAUACUCAAGGAGAUGAAGGUGAUAACGGAUCAACUGAAGGGCGAAGAUGCCGGGAAGAAGGUCAGCAACGAUUGGAAAUUCGCUGCUAUGGUCAUAGACAGGAUGUGCCUAAUCAUUUUUACCCUGUUCACGAUAAUCGCCACCAUCACCGUCCUAUUCUCUGCGCCUCACAUUAUCGUCACGUGAUUCAAACGGAGGUAUAAUAACGAAAAAUUUACGUUUCUACACCUAUUGCUGCCGAGAAUGAUGCUGCGGUUACAAUUACCGAUUAACAUUCCGCGUUUGCGUAACAGAAACAAUAAUAAUAUUAUUAAUCAUAUUGAUAAUAAUCAUAUUUAUGAUAAUUAUAUUAAUAAUAAUAACAACAACAUUAAUAAUAGACAUAUUGAAAUGAAAAUAAUAAUAAUAAUAGGCGGAAGUAAUAAAAGAAAUAUAAAAUAAGUAAAAAAAAAAACGCUAAUUAAAUUAAUAAAUUAACUGGAAAAAAAAGAAAAUUACAAACGAAGAAAAAUGAAGCUCAUCAUAAAUAAUUGUCGUAUACCUAUUAUCAGUGAAAUGAUAAUACGUGUUACAUUAAUAUAAGUUGUUGUCAUUUUUUACGCUCGCAUACGUAUUAUAUUAUCGAUUUGAUUGAUAUAUUAAUAAUAUAUUGUUAUUAUCAUCAUUAUCGCUAUUGUUGUUGAUGUUAUUAUUAUUAUUAUUAUUAUUGUCAUUGUAAAUGAAGUCGGAAGUUGAUUAUAAAUUAAUUAUUACCGCGAUAUACGUCGAAAGUAUAUUAAUAUACAAUAUACAUUGUAAAAUAGUUUGUUCAUAUUUAUUAUGUUCAUUCUUAUUAUUAUUGAUAUGAAAUUGAAUAUCAUAUUAUUAAUUGUAUACAGAUAUAAAGCGGUAUAUUAUAUCGACGUUGAACGGGCACGUGACCGCAGAAGAUUAUGCAGGAAUGGUGCAACAAUUUAGCAAACAAAACCUGUUGCAGUUGAAGGGUACUUUGAGGGGUAUGCGAAAAGACAAAAUUAAAAUUAAAAAUAAGAAUAAUACUAAUGAUUUGAAAUUUUAAAAGAAAAAAAAAAACCCAACUAUAAAUAAACGACGAAUACGCGUGUACAUGAAAAUGGAUCACAAGUAUAUCUGUUAAAAUCAAAGAAAAAAAAAAGUUACAAGGCGCACGCAUUUCAUACAUAAUUUUAAUCGGAUAUAAUCGAUGAAAAACCACAUCUUACAAGCUCAUAUUUUGUACCGCGAAAAAUUUUGGGUAUAUCUUGUAUAAAAUGUGUAUUAUUAAUUACCUAGUAUGUCCACCUCACGUCCGGGUAGGUACUUGAAUAUCUGCAAAGUUUUUAGCGGUACUUUAAUGUAUCAAGCGAGAUAAAAUAUGUAUAAUGUAAAUGCAAACGCGAUAAACGAUUUAUGAUAAGAGUUGAAUAGAAUUAAAUAAUAAUAAUAAUAA